AUGACUACAUCAUACAUCUGUGGAGAAUAUGAGAACAACAUGUUGGGGACGGCCAAGGCGCCGGGGAGCGCGGCCCCUUUAAAGGCACGCGGCGGGGGGCGUGGCGCGCGGCAGCGCGUGCGGCGGGGGCGUGGCCCGGAGCUGAAGUCGCUGCAGGAGGAGCCGGUCGAGGGCUUCCGCAUCACCCUGGUCGACGAGUCCGACCUCUACAACUGGGAGGUGGCGAUCUUCGGGCCCCCCAACACGCUCUACGAGGGCGGGUACUUCAAGGCUCACAUUAAAUUUCCUAUUGACUAUCCAUAUUCACCACCUACCUUCAGAUUCCUGACCAAAAUGUGGCACCCCAACAUUUAUGAGAAUGGAGAUGUAUGUAUUUCAAUUCUUCACCCACCUGUAGAUGACCCACAAAGUGGAGAGCUGCCCUCCGAGAGGUGGAACCCUACCCAAAAUGUCAGGUAACUGUGAAUAUGUUGUGCAGUGGUGACCUCAAAGGCCUGCCAUCUCUACAAGA